AUGGCUUCUGUGAGAGUGGUCACAUUUCUAUUUGUGCCCCUACUGUUUCUGUUAUUUACUUCCUCUGAAUGUAGAGAAAUUCUGGUAGGAGGCAAGCAUGAUUCAUGGAGACUUCCUUCUUCUCAUGAUAACGAUUCUCUCAAUCAGUGGGCUAGGAGAACCAGAUUCAAAGUUGGAGACGUCCUAGUGUUUCAGUACGAUUCGAAGAUUGACUCGGUAUUGGAAGUGACAAAGAGGGACUAUCAAUUAUGUAACCCAUCGAAUCCAAUCCUAGAAUACAAAGAGAACUUGACCAAGAUUGAGUUGGAUCAUUCAGGCCCAUUUUAUUUCAUAAGUGGAUCUGUGAAGCGUUGUAAGAAGGCCCAGAGGAUGGUGGUAGAUGUUCUGUCUCAAGACCAUUGGGCCGCUUUGGCCCCGGCUCCAGUGCCUAUUUCUGGUCCGGGUCUAGCUCCGGCACCGGCUCCACAUGCUGGAGCCAAUGAGUUGGAGAGUGGCGUGUUGGCGUUGUUGGUGGGGUUAGGGACUCUGUAUGAUCAAGAUGUAUUAAUUGAUUUGAUGCCAAAAUUUAAAAAGAACAAUUAUGAUAUGUAUACAAAUCUUUUGGGUCGUCUCUGA